AUGGUUGGCCAGGCAGUGCGGAACGAGCGUAUAUCUCCCUUAGUGGUUGGUAGAGACAUGGUAGAGUUAUCACAUCUUCAGUUUGCUGACGACACUAUCCUGUUUUGCCCACCAGAAGAUGAGACCAUGAAGAACUACAAGCGGCUGCUGCGGUGGUUUGAGUUGAUGUCCGAGCUCAGUAUUAAUUUUGAUAAAUCUAGCCUGAUUCCAAUCAAUUGCGAAGAGCAAUGGGUACAACGUAUGUGCAGCUUGUGGGGUUGUAAGGAAGGUACCCUCCCAGUUAGAUAUCUUGGAGUUCCCUUAGGAGCUAACCCAAAGUUGGACAAGACCUGGAAGCCUAUAAUUGACAAAGUGGAAGAGAAACUAAGCCUCUGGAAAGUUAAGGUGCUAAAUAAAGUCGGAAAGUUGGUGCUUAUCAAAUCAGUGUUAAAUAGCUUUCCGGUGUAUUACUUGAACUUGUAUAAGAUGUCGAAGGCGAUUGCUGAGAAACUGAUUUCCUUGCAGAGAAGGUUUUUAUGGAGCAAGGAGGAUGGGAGGAAUGGUAUGGCAUUGGUAAGAUGGGAGUUGGUGCAGGCCCUGAAGAAGUUAGGUGGUUUAGGAGUUGGAGAUACUAUGGUUCGAAAUACUGCACUUUUGUUUAAGUGGUGGUGGCGGUUUGCGAAGGAAGAGUGUCCAUUGUGGAAAAAGGUGGUCUGUUCUUGUAAUAAUCUGAAGCCAGAUGAGUUACUGGCCACUCAAGUGUUAUCUACCAGAGGAGGCCCUUGGAAGAAUAUAUGCCAGCUAUAG